AUGAACCAUUCCAACCUUUACGGCUAUGACCCGUCUUACGCGGCAGCUAUCAUAUUCGUGAUUCUGUUCCUGGCUACUACAGGUUACCAUCUCUGGCAAUUAAUCAAGGCACGAUGCUGGUACUUUAUUCCUUUUGUGAUCGGUGGAAUCUUUCAAAUAAUUGGAUAUCUCUGCCGGAUCAUCGCCCAUAAUGAUCUGAGCUCCGUUACCAUCUAUGCUCUACAAUCAGUUAUGACUCUUCUUGCACCAACCUUGUAUGCUGCUAGUAUUUAUAUGGUCCUGGGACGCUUGGUUUCUUACCUUCAUGCUGAGCACCUUUCUUUGGUCCCCGUCAAGUGGAUGACCAAGAUCUUCGUUGCGGGUGAUGUCUUUUCAUUCAUGAUGCAAUCAGCAGGAGGUGGCCUCAUGGCUAGCAAAAAGACUAGUACCCGAAACACUGGAUCCAAUGUGGUCAUCGGUGGUCUGGUUGUUCAACUCCUCUUCUUCGGCUUCUUCGUCGUCGUCGCAGCCGUUUUCCACAUGCGGAUCACUAAGCAGCCGACAGCGAAAUCAUCAACAGAGCGUCAAACUACUCGAAACCAGGGCUGGAGACAGCGAAACUGGGCUACUGUGCUUCUGGCGCUGUACGUCGUCAGUAUCCUUAUCUUGAUUCGGUCCAUUUUCCGCCUGAUCGAGUAUAAGUAUGGAUUUGAUGGAUACAUCAUGACACAUGAAGCAUUUUCUUAUGUCUUUGAUGCGACAAUCAUGUUCAUUGCGAUGAUCGUGAUGAACGUUUAUCACCCGGCGGUUAUUUUGGGAGAUGGGAAAAGUGACAGAAUCCCGGAUUCUUAUGAUUUGCCGCUUUAG